CCCGACGCUCACGUGGCCUCCCGCAUUCAGUGGGCUGAGGGAAUCCUGGAGACUUGGCCAAAAUUCAGCACAAUCAUGGGUACGUGCUACGACAUUUGGGACCCAUUCUUGAACAACUUUCACGCUCUACUCAUCAGUCACCACCUUCCUCGUGACGCGUUUCACUAAGCGGCCACAAGUCAAAGCUCGGCCCAACAGAAACAGGAUGAUACGAGAACCUUUUGGGUCCAACUUUCGGAGAGGACCCAUCAGAUUCAUCAUAUACUCGGCAUGCUUGGUUGCUUCCAAGACUAAUCCUCACUUAAACAGAAGAAGACGACAAUCUCUUUCAACGACUCUUUUUUGCCCAAUCCUUUCGCAACUGAUCCUCCUCUCUGGUUCCGUUUAAGAAUCCGUCUCGAUCUUAAUAAACCCGUGACCGCAUUCUUUUGGCCGCUGGGUUCUCUUUGCUUGUGUGCUCGUCGUCUUGAUAAAGUUCAACAUGAACUUGGUCCUCUUGCACUUGGUCCUAACCGGCUUGUACCUCGCGUCUGCUGAUCCCACAGAUUCCUUGGACGCAUCGGUUGAGAGCUCCGCGUUCCAAACACUGGUCCUGCGCCGGCCUCACACCGGCGCUCUCUACAAGGCGCUCCUCCCCGCUAAUUUGUCGGGCAUGGAGGUUUCGGUCAUUCGGCUACGGAGCAGAACACUGUGGAGAGAAGGCACUAAUUUCAGCGGCUUCACUAUCCCACCAAGAACAUUGCCAGUCCCUCGCGUUAAGAGGCUUGCCAUAGUGUAUCAGAACUUGGGCAACUGGUCUUCCCAGUAUUACUCUGUGCCUGGCAUCAUCAAGCUCGGCCUCAACACGAGUGGGGAUCCUAUAUCUAUUCGUUUCCAUGCUCUGGCGGAUCCUCGCGGGAAAACCUCCACAGGAAAGUGUGCGGCCUUUUAUGCGAACGGGACAGUACAUUUCAGCACAAUGGGAUCAGCAUACACAUGUUAUGCUCGAGAUCAGGGUCGGUUCUCAAUCAUCCUUCCUUCUGAGACGAGGAAGAGGAAGCCGGGGAACUGCUGGGUGAUUGGUUUAGUGCUCGGAUUCGUGGGGAUGGCCCUGAUGUGUUACGUGGGUUUCGUGCUUCGGAGGAUGUCGAGGUUGAAGAAAGUUCAGGUGAUGGAGAGACGGGCCGACGAAGGGGAGCUGUUCAAGACCAUAUGGGUCGGUGGCAGCAAAAUGCCUUCCGCGACAGUGACAAGAACACCGCCGGUUCUCGAAAAUGGAGGUUUAACAUAGUUCCGAGCAUUCGUGCCCAUGAACAGGAGCCACUGUCCCUGGAUCUUGAAAGGGCGAGCAGGGCGGAAAAGCGGAGACAGCAAAAGAAGAGUCGGGCAUUUCAGUUUGAGCUUGCUGAUUUUAAUCCACGUAGCAAAUUUUCCUUUUCUUUGAUCAUUUUCCGGCUAUUCUAGGGGAUAUUGUGCUUGUGCUUGCCCAGGAGUUGCUCUAAUACUUCGUGGGGCAUGAAGGUGACUUUAGACAAUGGGGGUUAUUGAUUCCGUACAUAUCUUACGUCAAGUGUAUUUGGGGUGUAGCGUAGGUGAACUACCUUGUUAUGGCCAUGAUGCUCCUCAGCUCCUCUCCAGUAAGUCCUAUUUCUGCGUUCAUUCUCUCCUCAAAGCCAAACCCUAAA